UUAGCUCUGUAAAACUUGACGCUGAUCUCUCCGUAUACCCCGUGAUCUCCGAAACAACAUAACAAAGUGGAGGAAAACAUGGCGAGCGGAGAGGAGGCCAGAAGACGCCCCUCGGUUACCUCCUCUUCGGUCGGCCUGGAGGCGCUGUUCCCUGCCGGGACAUCGGAGCAGGUCUGCGGGGACGAAAAUCCGGAGCUCGUCCGCCUGCGGGAGCUCCUUCAGGGUUUGCUAUCGCAGUAUGAGCCCCUGCUGCUAUGGGUGCAGAGGCUGCUGGUCUGGGAGAGGCCGUUGUACAGCAUCUCUGUCGCCCUGACACUCAACACAUUAUUCUGGCUCCUGUCUUCCACCUCCCUGCGCCCUCUGUUCCUGCUAAGUGUGUCCCUACUUGGACUUAUGCUACUGGAGAGAUGGAAGCCCACGUUGCCCAUCAUAACAGUUCAACAGGCAGAGGCUCACCCUGUACCAAGUGAAACAAUGCGCGUUGAGCAGCGUCUGCUCAGUAUUCCCGAGCUCAGCCACCACCUGGCUGAGAGCUAUCUGACCUGCUGUCUGUACCUGCAGGAGAUGCUGCAGUACAAACGACAGAACCACGGCAAGUUCUGUGUGAUGAUGUGCAGUGGCUGCUUUGUACUUGCCGUCGUUGGACAUUAUGUACCAGGAAUCAUGAUCUCCUAUAUUAUAGUCCUGAGCGUGCUCUUGUGGCCACUGGUGGUGUACCACGAACUGAUCCAGAGAAUGUACACGGGCUUGGAGCCAAUCCUGAUGAAACUGGACUACAGCAUGAAGGGAGAUACCGAGCAUCGCAAGCACGACAAGAGGAAGGUGAAGAAAGAGUUUGAGGAGGGGGAUGAGCCAAGAGCCGAAACAGAGAGUGAGAGUGAGGAGGAGCUGUCUUGUUUUGCCCCAACGGUGGAUGUGAAGACAACAGCUCUGGCGAUGGCAAUCACGGACUCAGAGUUGUCGGAUGAGGAGGCAUCCAUCUUGGAGAGUGGAGGGUUCUCAGUGUCCAGAGCCACCACUCCUCAACUCACUGACGUCUCUGAAGACCUGGACCAGCAGAGUUUACACAGCGACCCAGAGGAGGCCUACCUUCGGGAUCUCCCCGAGUUCCCCUCAGUCGAGGAAUUCCCCUCCAUCGAGAACAACCUGCUCCAUUUUCCUCUGCGAGGUUCCUGCCAAGUGGACGGAGCCCAGGCUGGUGCUCAAUCAGAGGGAGAACCAUUGAGCCCCGCCAGCCUCCUUAUCCAGCACCUGGCGUCCCCGCUCCACUUUGUGAACACGCACUUCAAUGGACAUGGACGACCACCAGGGGGUGAGGAGGGCAUAUUGCCUGUGCCAGGCACAGGGGAGGAAGCAGGGAGGAAAGGGGGAGAGGAAAAGGAAGCUGCAGUAACCCAGGGUGCACAGCAGUCCUUGGAGGCUUUGAGCGAGGAGAUAGUGAGUACGGCCAUCUCCACUGUGGUGCAGAACACUCUGUCAGCGCUGCUCCGCUCCAGUGAGGCCAGCGAGGAUCCCUCUCUGGCCGAGUUCCUCCCCACUGAAACCCCACCGGGAGCUCCGGAGACCUCCACUCAACCCACCGACACCACUGCUAACACUACAGUUACUACAAUUGGGGCUCUGGGGCCUGACGAGGAACUGGAAGAGGCAAUCACGACCCGAAGCGGCACAGGCGAGGAGAUGCCUGACGACACACUAGUUCCGACUGAGGAAGAGGACUUUGAGCUUCUGGACCAAAGUGAACUGGAGCAGGUGGACGAAGGGCUGGACGUCAGCUCUGACAGACAGGUGGUGGGAGGAGCUCCAGACACACCUCCCUCUCCUCAACAUCAACCACAGUCAUAGCUUCCCUGUUUCCUUCCCCUGCCCCCACCUCCAAGUGUUUUUGUUUUUAUUUGUAUGUUAGAACUACAUUAUAUCCAUACAUACUGCUAUAUACAAGACAGUUAUCAAAGAGUUUGGCAUUUAAUACUGUUGGUUGUUGAUUGAGUGGCAGAUGGUUGAGAUUACUCAGUCCAUUCUGUUUUCAUAGCCCCAUAUAACAGGGGUCUAUUCAGCCUUGGCACCUGAGUUGUUUUCUAGUCCAGGACCAUCGUUUUAUUGGGAUCAUCAGCUACUAUCAGGUGGCAUUCAUGACACAGGUUUGAUCUGUACACUUAAAUACAAAAACUAGAACGGAAAUCAUCGGUAAUGCAUUUACAGUAGAGUUUGUUGCGGUGUUACACUGCCUGCUGACCUGAUGGUACCAUGUUGAGUGAGAGCAGGUUCAGAGCCCAGCUCGGGUUGAUACUUACAGAGACGUCAUUAUUGUCUGGGGCUGCGUAGCAUUUUAUAUCUGGGCUCUGAGGUUUGAUGGUUUAUCUAGCAUUUAAAUGUGCCUGAUAAUUUAUCAAGCACAUUUCUCACUGCGUAAUGAAAAAACCUGUUCAAAUUCAGUCUCAUGUCAGAAUAAUGAUGCCUUUAUUUUCUACCUUGGCUAACAGCUGAACACUUCCAUCUUGUUUUCCUUCAGAAGCAGUUGUUUAUCUAGAUGGUAUUGUGAAGAGUUGAAAUAUUGGAUUAUAUGACUAUUAAUAUAUACUAUAAAUUAUUUAAUUUAAUGGUCAGUUGAUUGAACUUAAUUGUUAAACCUUAGAGGGAGUUAGAAAGUAAAUUUGAUCCCUUCAGUUGCCCGUAAUGAUUGUACGAUAAGCAAUUUAAUGAUGACACCAUGGACGUUCAGGUUUAAAAAGUAGUUGCGUAUUCCCAGUUAGACUUAGUAAAACAAUAUUAUUAUCCUUCACUGUAUCCGUACCUCCAACGUCUCCAAGCUUACAGUUUUGACAGCAGUAUUCAGUUAUUAGUGGUCUUUCACCUGUUGCCUGGAAAUGGAAACUUAAUUUUUGACAUUGUUGGAUGUUGACGAGUAGUAGAUCUUUACCCAUACACAUAAGUGACUUUGAUGUGGCAAGAUAAAAGAAAUGUUCCCGAAUUUCCUCUUUGUGAUUGAAGCUUCAUUUUUAUCUAUGUGUGUGAUAAGAAUUUCAUUUCAUACAUCCAUACGUAAUUGAUCCAUAUGUAAUUGAAUUUAUUCUUGAUCUGCAACUUUGUUGAAAAACCACAGGCUUCUUGUUAGAUAGGCCCAUCUAUACCCAAGUAUUUGUACAUGUAUAGUCAUCACUGGGAUAUGUAUAUUUACCAAAUAACCUCCUUUGUGCCACGACAAGUCCAUGCAUGCCAUGAAUGACGCAUGUAUUUACUGUAAUAAAUAUUUGAGGUCAAUUUUCAAAAUAAGGUUACCUUUACCAGAGCAGAUUUUUCUCUUUUUGAAGGCACAUAUUACUUAAAUUAUUCACUAUGUAUCUGGCUGCUGCUGGGGAACAUUUUUGAGAUGACAAAAAGGAAUCUAGCACUAUAAUCGACUUCAUCAAGAGGCCUGUUUUUGCUUUUGUAAACCACUCAGCAUCUAAAUCUCAGGGGUGGGUUGUACAAAUUGAAUAUGACAGACAAUGUGUCCAUCUCCCGACUUGUCGUAGUGCAUUGUAUUUGUACUAACCUUUCCUUUUUUUCAGUCAAUGCCUACUUGUGUAUAGUGUAGAAAUGCUAAAAAGGAACGUGUAUAUUCUGCAUGUAAAAACAGCACUCUUUUCAAGUUCUCCUUGUCAACUGACAAAGUACCACAAUUUGUGAGAAAAAAGUCAAUUUGAAUGUUUCAGGUUAAAAGAGUCCAUAUAAAUUCAUUGAUUAAUUACCAACGAGGGGAAUAAAAGUUCUGAUGUGAUGAGACUACCCAACUGUAGAUGGAAAUAGAUGGCAAGUGAUAACAUCAGAUUUCGAGAAGGAUAUUAACAGACUAGUUUGUGUAUGGUAGUAGUGUGUUUUCUGCUUAAAAUAUUGCUUCUUGAACUAUAUAAAAAAGCACUUACUGAACUGUACAAUUUUAAAAAAGGAAUAUAUUUUCUAAUUUCUCCUUUUUCCAUAAAGUACUCAGUUUGAUCUUUUACAUCUAAAAAUAUAACAGCUAUGGAUGAGUUUCACAAAGCGGGAAAGAUUUGUUGUCAUUAAACUGGUAAAAUAAAACAGCAACUCCACAUGUGAAACUAAGAGAAUAAAAGAACAAACUGAAAAAA